AUGGCCGACCUGUUCUCCUUCCAUAAAGAUGCCUUUCCAAGGUAUUUUCUCGCAAUGGUUCUCCCACUCUUCCUUUCUAUUUAUGUAGAAGUGGGGCUGAGUACUGCAAUAAGGAAAGCAAAAAGGAUUAUGAAGACUUCCAAGGAUCUGAAGAGCUUCACAGGGUUCUCAAGUUUAUGUGCGUUUCCUCUUCUGGCUAACCUGUGUGAGAAGAUGAAAUAUGUCAUAAGAAAUAAACUGCCUUUUGAAGAUUUUGAUGGAGAUAAAUUUAGUACUUUCCCGACGUUGAGGGGCUAUCACUGGCGAGGCAGAGACUGCAACGACAGAAACAACAGCGUGUACCCUGGCAGACGUCCUGAUAAUUGGGAUGUGGAAAGUGACUCUAACUGCAAUGGCAUAUGGGGCGUGGAUCCAAAAGAUGGAAUUCCCUAUGAGGAGAAAUUCUGCAAAGGUGCGGACUCACGAGGGGUCGUGCUGUUGGGAGACUCGGCCGGCGCUCACUUCCACAUCCCUCCCGAGUGGAUGACCGUCGCGCAGAUGUCAGCGAAGUCGUUUGCUAAUCUCCCAACGGCUUUCACCGAUGAGCUUGACUGGCCCCAGUUCUCAGAGAUCACUGGUUUUCUGAACUCCACCAUCGGAGGCUGGACAGACUCUCUGUAUCUACGUUUACGCAGGAGAAAUCGCUGUAAUCACAGAGACUUACAGAACAUUUCCCAAAAUGGUGGUUCUUCAGGAAACCUCCUCUAUUUAAUAAGAAGCUUGGCCAGAAACCGGCUGUUGGACAAUCCAGCCAUAGUCAUCUACGCUACGAUUGGGAACGAUGUCUGCAAUGGGUACCGUGACACGCUGUCUUACAUGACUACGCCCAAAGAAAUGCUCUCCAACGUGGUGAAAGCGCUACAAUACCUGGACUCCCAUCUUCCAAACGGCAGCCAUGUGAUUUUAACAGGCUUGGUAGAUGGCCGCUUUCUCUGGGAUAACCUGCAUGACAGAUACCAUCCCCUAGGGCAGCUGAACAAGGACAUCACGUACAGUCAACUGUAUUCUUUCCUCGACUGCCUCCAGGUGAGCCCCUGCAGUGGCUGGCUGACCCCCAACGAGACCCUCAGGAAUCUGACCUCAGAGAGAGCUUUGCAACUUUCCAAUGUCCUGAAAGAAAUAGCCAGCACUGAGAAAUUUGCCAACUUCGAUGUUUUCUACAUGGAUUUCCCACUGAAACAAACGGCCGAGGAGUGGCACAAGAUGGGAGGCGAGCCCUGGCAGCUCAUCGAACCGGUCGAUGGCUUCCACCCCAGCCAGAUUGCUGCAGCCCUUGGGACAAGCACUACCUGGCAGAAGGCGCUACAUGAAUGGCCUCAAGUGCUUGGAAAGGAGAAUCCAUUCAACGACCAGAUUGAAGCUAUAUUCAAAGAUCAAGGUGGACAUUGA